AUGACCUCCUCACAGUCGCAUUCGCACCUGUCACUGGAGAAACUGAUAUCACUCGUGCACGUUAGAUUACGCUCCGAGGCAGGCCGCGCGCGCGUGCGGUCGGCGGGAGGGGGUGUUCCAGAGCCUCCAGCCAAGUUCAGCUUCCGCGCGCUCGUGACAGCCGACCAGAAAGGGCGCUCUCCUCUGACACAUGUGAAAGCUGCAUUGUUCUUCUCACGUAUACCGCCGGCGUCUCAGAUGGUAGCGGUGCUGGCACUGUUUGUGUUGGCCGCGGUGGGCGCGUCGACGUUGAGAGCGGACCACGCCCCCCCGGACCACGCCCCCUCGGGCCACGCCCCCUCCCUGGAGCCCGCCGACGGGCGUCGCGGCGCCCGGGCCUUCCGCAUCCCCGCGCCUUACCGGCCGCUGGUGCACAUCCGUCCAGAGGCUGCAGAAGAAGACGCAGCGCCGCCGCCUCCGGAGCUGCUGGCCGGGGGCGGCUGCCGCCAGGGCGAGAAGUGCGACACCACGCCGCAGCACACGCAGGAGCUGAUCGAGAAGUUUCUGAAGGAAUUGGCGGCAUCUACGCGCGAUCGACCACCAGCACAGGUUGCUACACCAAUCAGGGACCACGACAACAAGAUCGACCCGGGGAAUCGACUGCGGCCAUCGACCGAGGAACCCACCAACAGGUUGGCGAGCCUGUACCUGGACAAUGAGGAGGCUGGUGACAAAAGCAGCACCAGCAGUGACGGGCACAGCUGGAGUCUGCUGGAGUCCAAAAGCCACCGUCAUCCCUACGACGACCGUGACGGCUGGGUGACGCUGGAGGCAGUGCCCUGGGCCGCUGCCAAGGUCGCUAAGUGGAAGCCCAACCCUGGCCGCCGACCACCCUGGGUCACGCUACAGAAUAGCUACGGGGGCCAGCAGAGCAGCCCCCCCCACGAUCGCUGGGAGCGGCCUCAGCCGACCUCCGUCUGGCACAGACCCGCCCCGGAGCGCCCCCCGGCUGUGAAGCCGUCCCUGCCGGCAGACCCUUACGAAUACCUGGCGCAUCACCACGGCGACAUCGUCACCGACCAGCGCCCCCUACACCGGCCCCCCUGGGCGCCCCCUCCCGGCAGUGCCGAGAUCGGAGAGGGAGGCGGCGGCAGUGUGUACGGCCUCUCCCAACCCCACCACCAGCAGCACGGCCCUGCCAGACCCGGCUACAUUUUCCCAGAAGAGCCCUCGGGGCUGGACUCGCUUCACCGGCACCACUACCAUCAGCCCCACCACCCUCCCAGCUACCCGGGUGAGGCGGACGGUGAGUGGGUGCUACUGUCCAGCACCAAGGGCUACUCCCUGCCGUCACACCGCCGCCUGCACCAGCGCGCCGUCUCCUUCAGUGCGAGACCUGUCACCUCCAGGAGGUCGGUGCGGCUGACGGUGCUGCCUGCGCAGAACGGCACGACCAACACGUCGACGUCGCACGGCGGCCUGCUCGAGGUGCACAGCUCCUUCAACAGCGUCGAGCAGGACGUGCACGACCGCGAACACGACCAACAGAAUGGCCUGGUGCCCGCACAAGACAUCCCCGUGUUCACCGGCGUGCCAGCACGUCCCACUCUGGCGUCUGUGCCAGUAUUGCAAGGUGUUGGCAGUGGAGCCAACUUGACAACACAGUUUGGAAUCCGCCCACUACAGCAGCAGCUCUUUCACGUGGUACCGGGUAGGAAGGGCACCAAGCCGAAUCCGGGCCGUGCACUGUUGGCAGCAGUAGGUGCCGGGGUGUUACCUGCUACUGUGGCCAUGUUGGUACCCCUGGCACUCGGACGCCGAAGGCGGAGAAGCAUCUACGGAGGGGAAUACACCAGUAAGGACUGGCUGCUUGUUCCAGACACUACCACAUUCAGCAGGGAACAGACUGCAUCAGCCAGGAGACCAAAUCAACAUCACCAGAAGAGGUUCUAGCUGCUAUCAC